AUGAUAGCAUUCCUCCUGCAGACUCCUCGCGAUGGCCGAUCCUUUUGCUCGCUAUCGUUAGUCAACCGUGAGCGGCAUCACUGUGGCGGUCUGUACAUCGCAAGCGAUGACUACAGCCUCGACGCGUUGCUCGCGAAUCAGACAUACCACAACCGGCAUCCAAAGGUACCGCGAGACUUUGCAGUGCUCCCGAUCACUAUCCUCAUACACCAUGUCGAAGCCACUUUAAGUGAGGUCGAAAGUCUUUCCAAACAGAUGACAUCCACGGAGAAACGUAUCUCUGACGGUGACAUCAAUCUAGAGUCAAAUUCCGACUACAAGUUGCUCAAUCGACUCAACCUCGAGCAUCUACGUCUGCAAAGACGAUCAGACUUCGAGACCGAGCUUGCUGAUAACCUCACCAACUACGUCGACGAAUACCAACGUAUGUGGACCUCACUAUGGGAGGGUGGUACAAGCUAUGUGGACGACAUGCGAGACAAGAUCGCACAACAGAUGCGCUACCACGAUCAGGUCAAACGCGAUCUCGAAUUCAUUCCACGACGAAUCAAAAAUCAGUCUAAAGCGAUAUCGACCUACAUUAUUCAACGAGACAACAAACUCAACAUACAGCUGGCGGAGAGUAACCGUAAGAUCGCCGAAGAGUCGAGGCGCGACAAUCUGCUGAACCUGGAGAUGGCCGCAGCGACGGCGCAGGUCGCAGAAGAGACAAGACAAGACAGCGCGGCCAUGAAGACGAUCGCCGUCCUCACACUGACCUUCCUCCCUGGGACUGCAGUGGCGUCCUUUUUCAGCAUGACCAUGUUCCAGUGGCCUUUCAAACACCAGGAUGACAUAGCUUCGCCGUAUGUGUAUGUCUACUUCGUGAUUACGAUACCACUGACCUUGAUCGUUUAUGCCGCAUGGUUCUGGUGGUUCAGAGUAAGUCAGACUCGGCAUAAAAAGGCUCACGAAGAAGGCGUGACGAAGUUCGAGCGAGAACUCAAGAUGCGCGUACGGAGUGCGACUGGCACAUGGUGA